AGUAAAAUCAGAAUAGAAACUGAGUUCAUUAUAGAAACAUAAAGUUUAGUUUUCUGAAAACGUUAAUUAAAACACAAUAAAAUGAAAUUCGCUAUUGUUACCUUGUUCACUUUGGCCUUGGCUUUGGGCGUUCAAUCUUCCAUCAUUCCCUGGGGUGGUGUAGUCACACAAAUUGCUGGUCAUCCACUUGCUCACACAUCCGUUAUAUCCCCACUUGGUUUACCUUUGGGUGCUGUUGCUCUUGGUCAUGGACCAGUUGCUGUACACUCACCUGCUUCAGUCGCUGUACAUGCCCCCGUAGCUGUACCUCACGCUAUUUCUGCAGCCGUACAUGUUCCCGCUGCUGUUCCUGCUGCUGUACAUGUUCCCGCUGUUGUAGCUGGUCCCGGUAGUUAUGUUGCCAAAACUCGUGGUGCCAUCCACACUGCUCCCUUGGCCGGUCAUCUUAACUCAGUAGCCAAUGUCAAUGUGGCCCCAGCUCCUGGCACCAUCUAAACAUAGAAUUUAUUCAUCAUCACCAUCAACGUAUUAAAGUUUUCCGCCUCUCCAAAAAGUGUGAUAUGAUUUUAAAGAGAAAAAUUAAAAAAUUCUAAAUUAGUUCGAUUUUCGUUUAAUGCAGGGUACAUUUUAAAUUAUAAUUGUAACUUUCUAUCCUUCUUUAUUUCUUUCUUAAUUUAUUCUUUUCUAUUCUUUCUUUUCUUUUCUAUUUCUAUUGUUUCCUAAUUUCUUUUAACAAUAAAGCAAAUACUUUGUUAAAAAAGUAAAAA